UGUAAAAUUAUGUACAUCGACACCGACAGUCUAAUUUACCACAUAGAAUGCGAAGACAUUUAUGAACACAUGAAACGCGAUAUUCAUAAAUUCAAUACGAGUGAUUAUCUCGCUGACAACGCGUACGAUAUACCGCUUGUAAAUAAGAAGGUUCCGGGUCUGAUUAAAGAUGAAAAUAACGGAGCUAUAAUGACAGAAUUCGUCAGACUUAGAGCGAAGAUGUACGCGCUGAAAGUAGACGGGAAAAACGAUACGAAAAAGGCCAAAGGCGUCAAAAGUAGCGUCAUAGCGCGAACGAUAAUCUUUAACGAUUAUACACAAUGUUUAAGAGUUGAAUUCAAAAAAAGUCGUCAACAAUCGUAUAUAAGAUCGAAAUUACACAAAGUCUUCACAGUGUCUGAAACAAAAAUCGCUCUAAGUCCAUAAGAUGACAAGCGGUAUAUCAUACCCGACUCGAUCGACACGUUUCCAUGGGGACAUUAUAAUAUACCGCUAUAGUUAUUCACGCAUUAUUUAUAUGUAGCACUCAUUUGGAAUAAUA